GGCUGUUCCACGUGAUCUGCGGGAUUUCACCCCCCCUUCUCACGUGACCGCAAACAGAAGCCGGGCAGGUUGUUGACACGUCGCCUAGCAACCGUGAGGCGUCCCUGGAAGCGUGUUGGUGUUAGCGACAAAGUGAGGCAGUGUCCCGCCCUCCCAGCCAGACCCCACGCAGGAGCCUCCCUAGGCAACAGCCGGGGGUGCCUGGGGAGAUGGUGGCAGAGAAAGAUGGUUCGAGCCCCCCGAAACUCACUGGAGAGAGACCCUCACAACAACAGCAGCCACUGGGGCAGCUGAGGAGAACCAAGCAGCAGGUCACCGAUGGAUUCACUGUUAAAGCCAUGAUGAGAAACACUGUGGUAAGAGGACCCCCAGUUGCAGGAGCAUUUAAAGAAAGACCAACAAAGCCUACAGCAUUUCGCAAGUUUUAUGAGCGAGGAGACUUCCCAAUUGCCCUUGAGCAUGAUACAAGAGGAAAUAAAAUAGCCUGGAAGGUGGAGAUUGAGAAACUGGACUAUCAUCACUAUCUGCCUCUCUUUUUUGAUGGGCUUUGUGAAAUGACAUUUCCCUAUGAGUUUUUUGCUCGGCAAGGAAUCCAUGACAUGCUGGAACAUGGGGGAAACAAGAUUCUUCCAGUCAUUCCUCAGCUCAUUAUCCCAAUAAAAAUGAAUUCAGGAGACGGUAUUGACUACAGCCAGCAGAAGCGUGAAAAUAUUGGAGAUUUGAUUCAAGAGACACUGGAAGCCUUUGAGCGCUAUGGUGGAGAAGACGCUUAUAUAAACAUUAAAUACAUGGUCCCUACCUAUCAAUCGUGCUUGUUAAACUAACAGAUAAGACAGUUGUGUCAACAGGGAUGAUUCCAUUUGUAUUCUCAAAGGCUAUAUCCAAUUCUGGAUAAUAUCUUGUUAUUCAUGCUUUCUUCCUCUACAGCUGCUAAAGUAGUGGCUUCUGGACCAUUAAACUGCUAGCACUAUUGUGAACAAGUCUUUCCAAUACAUAAAUAGUGCCUGUUCCUUAGAUUACAAUGGUGUACUGUGCUUAUUUGUUUUGUGAAAGAAUUACUUCUUUAUAACAGAGCUGACUGGAGCAGAAGUCAGAGUUAAACCUUCAGUUGUGUAGACAAUAAAACCAUAAUUUUCAUACACAAUUCAGCAAUUACUGUUCUGUGUCCGCUUGCCGUGGGGGUGAUGUCAGGGGUUGUAACAAGAAGAGUUUAUGCUGACUGCUUAAUAGGUGUUUGUGAUGGAAACGAAAGUUCAGCAAUGCCUCUCCAGCAGCUGUGCAAAAUUAUGUGCUCUGAUAUACAAUAAAACUGUUGAAUGUAUAUACCAGUUACAGUAGGAAACUUUAUACAGUCCAUUAUAAAGCUCUGUGAUAAAAAUUAAUUAAUGUUUCUUCCUCACUCAUGAUAUGGGUUUCCAGGUGUUUCCCUUUUUAUGUAGUUUGGGUUCUUAUUUAGGAAAAUAUAACAUGAGAGUAGUUUUAAAAAAAAAUCUCAAAUUUAUCAGCUGGGGUAAGGUGAA